UUUUAUCAUGGCAACCGACUCACCAUCUUACAAGUGGAGCGCUCAAGCAAGCUUGGAUACUCUUACUUUGGCUCUUUAGAACAGGCAGGAGACGCAUCUGUUUUGGAGUACAUUCUUAACGUGGAGAUCCCAAGACUUAGGACUCCACCCGAAGAUGUCGCACAAUUCUUCCAAUCCUUCACUACCGCAAAUGAUAAGCAGCCUCCGCCGACUACGACUAAAGCUCGAACCAAGAAACUCGACCUCAUCAAACCCAAACAAACUUUCAACAGAGUCCAGAAGCAGAAGAGGGAAAAGCCCGCGAGGGCUACUGGUAUCAAGAGCUAUAUUAUUCUCUUGAAAAGUCAAGAGAAAGAAGGGUUUCCGUUGGGCAGUGACGGUCAGCCGCCAUUCGUACGCUUUCCUGUCGCGCUCCUUCUCAAUUCUUCUCCUACUUUCAAGCAUCUCGUGGAAGCUAAGCGCCAGAGAAUUUUCGAUGCCAGAGGGGAUAAAGUCUGUUACAAUCUGUGA